GAAAAUGUAGUACCCGUCAUCUUGUGUCGAAGUGUGCAUGGAUGUGGUGUGGGCUUGGAGAGGACCGGCUAUGAUUACGGAGAAAUGAUGCAUGAAUAGAGAUUUAUUAUUAGUUUCUACAGCAUUUAAGUUUUCUUCAAAUUGUUUCGCCUGGAGCUGUUUCAUAGCACAGCAGAAGCGGAACAUUGCGUGGUUUUAGGACAUAAAACCACAUGCAUUAGUGCACGGUGCGUUUGAUGGAUCCAACAAUUGGUUGGUUUCAGCCAGAGCAAGAAGGUCCUGCGAAAGAGUUGUGGACACGAAUUUGGGAAGCUCAAAAGGGCAUUGGUACCAUGAACCUCGCAGAUAUGACUCAUGGUAGUGUGAGUGCGAAAACCGGUGAUUACAUUCAAUUUGACAGUGUAACGAACUGUGACGAUCAAUCAAAUCGUGUGACACCCAAUGCAAACACUUAUUACAAUCGUACGCGAAGGAAAAGAGAGAAUAGGGCAAGCACCUAUGGAUUGAAUCACAAUCGCGCGUCGUUAGUGGGUGAUCACGGAGGCUGUCCUUGGAGACAUCCCAAUAAGAUUUACGGACAAGGUGUCAUUGGCCUGCAUCAAGAAAUUGAAGAUUUCUACCAGUACAUGAGCCCAACUCCAGAGGAGCAUGAAUUGCGUGUAAAUGUUGUUAGACGAAUCAAGAAAGUUGUUUUAAGUUUGUGGCCAGAAGCUAGAGUUGAAAUAUUUGGAAGUUUUAGAACAGGCCUUUAUCUUCCUACAAGUGACAUUGAUUUAGUGGUUAUUGGUAAAUGGGAAAAUCUUCCUUUGAGAACAUUAGAGCAGUCACUUCUGGAACACAAUAUUGCUGAGCCUCUCUCACUCAAAGUUUUAGAUAAAGCAUCGGUGCCAAUAGUGAAGUUAACUGAUAAAACUUCAGAUGUGAAAGUGGAUAUCAGUUUUAACAUGAGUAAUGGAGUGAAGUCAGCAGAGCUUAUCAAGGAUUUUAAACGUCGUUUUCCUGUAUUAUCGAAGUUAGUAUUAGUAUUGAAACAGUUCCUGCUACAACGUGACCUAAACGAAGUUUUUACUGGUGGAAUUUCGUCAUACAGUCUUAUUCUGAUGACAAUUAGCUUUCUACAGCUACAUCCACGACAAAAUGCUUAUUGUCCCACUGUAAACCUCGGUGUUCUCCUUAUUGAAUUUUUUGAAUUAUAUGGACGAAAAUUCAAUUAUAUGAAGACUGGUAUCAGAGUGAAGAAUGGUGGAACAUAUAUAUCAAAAGAAGAGGUGCAGAGAGAUAUGAUAGAUGGACAUCGACCAUCUCUUUUGUGCAUUGAGGAUCCUUUAACUCCAGGAAAUGAUAUUGGACGAAGUUCGUAUGGUGCUCUUCAUGUAAAGCAAUCCUUUGACUAUGCUUAUAUUGUACUGUCACAAGCUGUGAAUCCUUUAAAUCAACUUAUUUAUGACGCUAAUAAAACCAGUAUCUUAGGUAGGAUAAUAAGAGUAACAGAUGAUGUUAUUGAAUAUCGAGCAUGGAUUCGUGAGACCUUUCCUGUUGAUCCAUUGAGUGUAAAAUCUGAUGAUGUGCAGCAGCAGUCAUAUGCUGCUGUGGUAACUCAUCAUCGAUCUGAUGAAGAUUCUCUAUCUUCUUCAAGUGGUAGUGAAGCAUCCACAUUAGAAUCUGCUCCAGGAAGUUCAAACUGCAGUGAUACUGAUUCAGAAAGUAGUCGCGGAUCAAAUCCACCUAAUAUAGUUUCUGUAGGACCAUCACCUGCACCUACAUUUGAACCUCAAGUUCUGCCUCGGGUACCGUCCGUGCAUCGCAGCUGGGUGAAGCAAAGGAGAUUCUCAGCAUCUCAAGUUUCUCAUCAGACACCACGUCCCUCGUAUCAACAUCAACACCACCACCUUCAUCACCACCAUCACCAUCACCACCACCAUCAACAAGGAACAAUACCAAGCCCAGGUGCAGGUGGAAAUGGAAGUGUCAGUGCAAGUACUGGUGUAACAAGUGGACGAGGACGUUCUCUUAAAAGAAAAAAAAGUAGUAAUGUUCCUCGAAAAAAUAGUGAUUUCUUUGGCCGAUGAUAAAAAUGAUUUUUAGAUCCUAGUUAAACUACUGUGAAAGGAAGUUUACCUGAAAAUUUUAUAAAUGAUUGUUGCUGUGCGAAAUUUCAGCUAAAAGAAAAGCAUUGAAUACUAUUGUGCUUUUCAUUCUGUACUUUGUACAAAAUAAUCAACUAUACUAAAAAUAGGGUGUUUUUGUUUUUUGGUAUUUUGAAAAGUGCAUUGUUGCUGUAUUGCUAUAGUCUUUAGGAUAAUUACUUUUCAAUUCAAAUAUUUCUUCUGAGUUAAUUUCAAUAUCUGUUGAAAGUUUUCUCAUUUAUUUAUUAUUUGUUUGAGUAUUGCACAGUGGCUGUGCUUUGCGCUGUAUACAUAUAUUGUAAAAUGAUGUAAGAUAAUUCAAUUCUUGCUUAAAAUUCAUUCUAAGCAUUUUGAGUAUGCUGUCUUUAUUAUGCUUAUAUUUCUCAUUCUUCAUCAAGUCUUAAAAAAAUGAAAAAAGAAAGAAAGAAAAUCUUGUUUUCUUGAAAUGCAUCACAAAUUUAGGUGGUGUAUAACAGAGUCGCCAAAUUAUGUGAAGAUGUGUAGUCUGAAAGUAAAAUAGUGAAAAAUAAAGCACUUGAGAACAAUUUAUUUAAUUGAUAUGUUUCAAAACUGUAGAAUUAGUUCUUGAUUUGGCAAUUAUAUAAUUGUCCGUUUUCUUUUAUCGUAGUUUUAUUACUGUUUCUUUCCUUUGAACUUUGUUUUUUCUUUAAUUCUUCUUGCAUUCUUUCAUGUCAGCUGCUUCUUUCUACGGAAUUCUAGUAACAUUGUUUGCAGACCAUUGCUGUAUCAUCUAUCAUGUUAUAAAAGGACAAGCUUUGUAAAAUGAAAUUAUCACUGGAUGAAACUUCAAAGUACAACAGAAGUAGCAAUUUUCUGAUGAAAUUAGCAACUGUGAAUUAAAUUUGAAGAACAAGUUGGGUUAUAUCUUGAAACAUUGACCUGCCUGUACUUGAGACAUAGUAGUUGUAAGCAAUAAAUAUUCAAGCAAUUAGACUGUUGUGUACAGUAGUGUGUGUUGAAUAUUUAUCUUUGUGAUGCCACAGAAAUAGGAUGCAAGACUUACUAGAUGUAGACAACCUUUCAUUUGGUUACAUUUGUAUGUGCCUAUAUCUGGUAUUAUUCCAUUUAAAUAAUUGUGUGUAUUU